AUGAAGCCCCAUGUCACAAACAGUGGGAUCAAAUGCACCCUCAUCAAGUUUGCAGACAACACCAAACUGAGUGGUGGGAUUGGCACACCUGAGGGAUGGGAUUCCAGCCAGAGGGACCUGGACAAGCUUGACAAGUGGGACCCUGUGAACUUCAUGAGGUUCAACAAGGCCAAGUUCUGGGUCCUGCACCUGAGCCGGGGCAACCCCGGUUUUCUCCUUGUGUUUGGUUGCUUGAUUUUGUCCGUGUUUUCUACUAUUCCCGAACACACAAAACUUGCCUCUGGUUGUCUCUUCAUUUUGGAAUUUGUCAUGAUUGUUGUCUUUGGUUUGGAAUUUAUUAUUCGUAUCUGGUCUGCUGGAUGCUGUUGUCGCUACCGAGGAUGGCAAGGAAGACUGCGCUUUGCAAGGAAACCAUUCUGUGUAAUAGACAUCAUUGUUCUCAUCGCUUCAAUAGCAGUUGUUUCUGCAAAAACUCAGGGUAACAUUUUUGCAACAUCAGCACUGAGAAGUCUUCGUUUCCUACAGAUCCUUCGUAUGGUGCGCAUGGACCGAAGAGGAGGCACUUGGAAAUUAUUAGGUUCAGUAGUUUAUGCACAUAGCAAGGAAUUAAUCACAGCCUGGUACAUAGGAUUUUUAGUACUCAUCUUUUCAUCUUUCCUGGUUUAUCUGGUGGAAAAAGAUGCAAAUAACCAAUUCUCCACGUAUGCAGAUGCUCUCUGGUGGGGCACAAUCACAUUGACAACUAUUGGCUACGGAGACAAAACUCCUCUUACUUGGCUUGGAAGGUUGCUUUCUGCAGGAUUUGCUCUACUUGGCAUUUCUUUCUUUGCACUACCUGCUGGCAUCCUUGGCUCAGGAUUUGCAUUAAAAGUGCAGGAACAGCAUCGUCAGAAACACUUUGAGAAAAGAAGGAAUCCAGCUGCCAGUCUAAUUCAGUGUGUAUGGCGUAGUUAUGCGGCUGAUGAGAAAUCGGUUUCCAUUGCUACCUGGAAGCCUCAUUUGAAGGCCUUGCAUACCUGCAGCCCUACAAAAAAAGAACAAGGGGAAGCUUCUAGCAGUAAGCUUUGUAGUAAUAAACAGAAGCUCUUCAGGAUGUACACCCCUCGGAAACAUAGUCAAAAGCUAAGUUUUAAGGAGCGGGUCCGGAUGGCCAGCCCACGAGGUCAAAGUAUAAAGAACAGGCAGUCUUCAGUUGGAGAUCGCCGGUCACCAAGUGCUGACAUUGCCACCGAGGGCAGCCCAACCAAAGUCCAGAAGAGCUGGAGCUUCAACGACCGAACCCGCUUCAGGCCCUCGCUGCGGCUGAAGAGCUCGCAGCCCAAACCCGUGGUCGAUGCUGACACCAGUCUUGGAACCGAUGAUGUUUAUGAUGAUAAAGGGUGCCAGUGUGAUGUGUCAGUAGAAGAUCUCACCCCUGCUCUUAAAACUGUCAUCAGAGCAAUCAGAAUUAUGAAAUUUCAUGUUGCAAAGAGAAAGUUUAAGGAAACACUUCGUCCAUAUGAUGUCAAAGAUGUCAUUGAACAGUAUUCAGCAGGUCAUCUAGACAUGUUAUGCAGAAUUAAGAGUCUUCAGUCACGUGUUGACCAAAUUCUUGGGAAAGGACAAAUCACAGCAGAUAAACGAAGUAGAGAAAAAAAUCCUGCAGAGAAUGAGACAACUGAUGACCUCAGUAUGUUAGGGCGUGUAGUCAAGGUGGAGAAACAGGUACAAUCCAUUGAGUCAAAACUGGACUGUCUAUUAGAUAUUUAUCAACAAGUUUUGCGAAAAGGAUCUGCAUCCGCGCUCACUUUGGCUUCCUUUCAAAUGCCAGCUUUUGAGUGUGAGCAGACUUCUGAUUACCAGAGUCCAUCAGACAGCAAAGAUUUGUCUAAUUCUGCACAAAUCAGUGGAUGUGUAUCCAGAUCAGCUAGUGCCAAUCUGCCUCGAGGCCUACAGCUUAUACUGACACCAAAUGAAUUUAGCACUCAGGCUUACUAUGCUUUUAGUCCAGCUAUGCAUAGUCAAGCAACGCAAGUGCCAAACGAUGGACCUGCAACAAUUAAUAAUACAUCAAACCAAAUAAACCAGGCAACUAAGCCAGCAACUCCAACAACAUUACAAAUACCACCUUUCUCAUCAAUGAAGCAUAUCAAUAGGCCUGAGCCCGUUCAUAUUAUCCCUGUAACCACACAGGAAAAUAUUUCCGAUGUCACCGCUUGCCUUGUUGCAUCAAAGGACAAUGGACAAGUUGCACAGUCCAGUGCGACAAAGGAUCUCGCAUGGAGAAAAGGUCUGGAUACUGAAGGAGAACCUUUGCUCUCAGUUAAACCUGUGGUGCAAAUGGAUCUAGGAAAAUCUUUAUCUGUACAAAACCUUAUACAAUCAUCAGAAGAACUGAAUGUACAGAUUGCUGGCAGUGACUCCAGUGGUUCCAGAGGUAGCCAGGAUGUAUACUCCAAAUGGAGGGAGUCAAAAUUAUUUAUAACUGACGAAGAGUUGGAGACAGAGGCAGGGACAGAGACUACUGAAGCCAUCUCGCGCCCAUUAGUGGAAACAACUCUCUCUGCUGACUCUCUAAGGACUGGAAUAUCAAGAUCAUCUCAAAGCAUUUGCAAGCCAGGGGACGGUACAGAAGCACUCAAUCUGCUCCACGUCAAACUUAAAUAA